AUGACUUUGGCUUCACCUCUCGCUUCUCUCUUUUUAUGGGGCUCCUCCGAAGAUGGUCAGUUGGGUCUAGGUGGAAUCGAGAUUGGCCAAAUCACAAUGCCGACUCUUUUUAACCCAAAGGAGACACCUUCGAGCAUUUUUGAGGCAGGAAUAUCUAAAGUUGCUUGUGGGUACAAGCAUACGUUACUUUUAACAAAAUAUGGAGAGGUUUUUAGCUGUGGCUCAAAUGAGUUCCGACAACUUGGACAUGAUUAUUUAACUACCAAGUUUGAGCAAGUAAGUUUUUUGAUUGACACCUGUUUCUGUCUUAACUCAACACAACUCAGGCUCUUUACAUAUACCUCUACCUCUGUAGCUAUUGUUCCAUUUUGUCUACUUUGCGGUAAUUGCAAUACAUGA